UGCCCAAUGGUCAGCAGCAACAGAACGGGUUUUCCGAUCAUAUGGGCCCACCUGGAGGCAUGUCCAACCUGUCCUUGCCCAUGCCCUUCCCCGCUUCCAAUGCUCCCUCGUUCCCCUCGGCACCCUCAACGAGCAACAACGCGCAAGGCUACGGUGGACCCGGCGGCCAAGGGUAUCAGAACGGGGCUGGGCCGAGCAACGGGAACAGCAAUGACAACAAUAAUAAUCCGAAUCACAACGCGUUUGGCAACUUUUCCUUCAACCCGCCCAACUCUGCUCCCCCGCAAUUUCCCAACUUUUCCAUCCAAGCCUCGCCACCGCCUCCGUCACAUUCGAACCCUCACAUCCCACCGAGUCAUCAGAACAACAACCCGCAUCAUAUGCAGAAUAUCGGGAGGAGCGGACCGAACAUGGGCCUGCGAACGCCUUCGUUUGGCAACGCGUCCGGCAUGGGGUCCAGGUCGCCGGGAGACAUGAGACCACCACCGCCUCCGGGUGAGAAUAUGCCACCUCGACCUCAUACGUCCACGGGACACAACGCGCUUGGUUUGGACUCUGAAAAGCCGAGGACAAGGUCCGAAAGCGUGGGCAAGCCGCAGCAACAGCAGCAACAGCAGCCGCCGCAGCAGACCAGCGCAGACAUGUCGACUCAAGACGAAGGUGAACGAGCCGAACCGGAUCUCUUGCAUCGACUACGACACUGUUGCCACCUGACCGAUCAUCACGUCGCGACGGAUCCCGGUUUGCUGCUCUUCGCCAGCCGUCUGUGUCUCGCUGUCGGAUGUCCCUUUACGGGCAACCACUCGGACAUGGACGACCGACCGGAAGAUGGAGGUGGCAAGCGACGUAGGAUGGACCUGAGCGGGCAAGAUGACGACAGCGAGAAUCCCGAGGGGUACAUGAAACUCGAGGCGGCUUGGUCGGCGCUCCGUUCGCAUCUGGAUCCUUCAUCGUCGGAACAGAACCCCUUGUUGGGGAUCCCGGGUUUGGGUGGUGAACGGGACGGACAGAACGCUAUUGCGACCGGGAGACUCGCUGCCGAGAUGAUCCUCCGCGGAGCCAGGAGCAAGAUGCAAGCGUCGGCUCAAGGCGGGCAAGGUGGAUCGCAGGAUCCCGAGGCGACUCAACUGGCAUUCUGGAUCGGUUGCCGACGACGUAGCGGGCUCGUUAUCGAGCGAAGUCUGGUCGAGGUCAUCACCAUGACCUUUUGAAGAGAGUACGGUUAAGAGACUAGAAGGGGAUAGAUGAGGAGAGGAAAAAGGCCUUUAUAAUGCGAGCAUAGCGACCGACAGACCACAAAGAUCCGACAAGAGGACAAGCAUAGUUUCAACACGUUGUAAACAGACUGACGACAAUCCGAAUCUCAUUCCAUCAUGCGGCACAA